AUGGCAGGAGCCAAGAGUCGCCGCCAGGGCCCGUCCCAGGAGAAGGAGGACAUCCCCGUCAACGGGUCUGCCCACAUUGAGGCCAAGGAUGCCGCCGACGAUGAGCCCCGCGAGAACAUCUUCUGGUUCUGGCCCAACAUCAUCGGCUAUUCCCGCAUCAUCCUCGCCGUUGCUUCCCUCUACUACAUGCCUCUGCAUCCGCGCACCUGCUCGCUUCUGUAUAGUGUCUCGUGCCUGCUCGACGCACUAGACGGCUAUGCGGCGCGGUACUUCGAGCAAUCGACACGCUUCGGCGCCGUGCUCGACAUGGUCACCGACCGUUGCACAACCGCCUGUUUGCUUGUCUUUUUGUCGUCUGCCUUCCCCCGUUGGGCCAUCCUCUUCCAGGGCCUAAUCUCCCUCGACCUGGCCUCGCACUACAUGCACAUGUACGCGACCCUCGCCAUGGGCGGCGCCGACCAGUCGCACAAGUCGGUCGACAAGUCGCGCUCGCGCAUCCUGUCUCUGUACUACACCAACAAGACGGUUCUGUUCAUGGCCUGCGCCCUCAACGAGGCCUUCUUCAUCGCUCUCUAUCUGCUAUCCUUUUCCUCGCCCUUGCUCUCCCCCUCCCUGCUACAGCAAGUGCCCGACCAGGCGGCCGCCGCCAUCCAGCAGGGCGCGCAGGUCAAUACCUCUCUGUUGAGCCAGCUGUUUGGUCCCAGCCCGUAUAGCGCCGCUGCCCUCGAGCUCGCCCGCGCAAACAAGAUCGAUAGCUUCUGGCCGUGGGUCCUGGCUGCUGUUAGCUUCCCUGUCAUGGCGCUCAAGCAGAUUAUCAAUGUCGUGCAACUGGUUAAGGCAAGUAAGUGGCUCGCGGAGGGCGAUAUUCGCGCUCGCAGGGCUGCGGGGCUGCCUAGGAAGAAGGCUAAGACGAACUAA